AUGUCUUCAAUUGGCAAAAUCAAUAGCUCUCUUUUCGGGGCAACGCAAGAAACAACAUUGACGCUCGCCAACCUUAACUUUGACUUUGCCCUGUACAAAGUUGAAGCCCCUGCUGAAUAUCAAGCCUUGGGUAAAUGCCUUACGAAAAAUCGUCUAAACGCGGCCGAAAGUGGCAACGAGCACAUAUUCGCACGCAAGCUUGCUGCCCUGUUCUCACAGGCCCUUCCACCCACUCCUAACCUGGUACGAAUAUAUGGUAACAGGGUAUCGGAGAUCGUGCAAGAGGUAUCCAACGACACGGCAAAAGGGUCUAAUAACAGGGGCUUGUUCAGCAAUUGGCUUGGGCCUGACGCAACGAGUAUCUGGGCUGCUGCGACUUCUGGUUCUGGUGCCAUCUCGGCCCACCUCCUUGCAUGCAUGUUGGCAAGGAUCUGGAGCUCAUCGGAGGCCGUGGCUAUUUGGAAGGAGAUAAUCCAGGCCAGGAAAGAUAUACUAUCUAAGAUUGACGUAUCGGACCCGAUGAAACCUGCGGCGCACUUUGCGGCGCAGAUCGACCUCACAGAGUCUCAAAUUUCUGGCUGGGACAGCAGCGCACGAGCUUGGCUCGAAGUUGCUGAUAAGUCAAAACUGCGUCAACAGAGGCAGCUUCUCCUACUCAUUGAGAACGCCGGGAUACCAAUUAAUGAUGAAUCCGACACUUACACUAGUGUUCUGAAAGCAUGGACAACCGCACUCACCGCGAUGGAAAACAUUGCGAGCGGUAUACCUCAAAGCAUCAAGGAUGGAUCUGCUCUUCUUGCUCUGAGCUCCUGGCAUCUAUACCCCGACAUGUUUGUCUUGGGCGCCGGACCUGACCGGGUUGUUCAGAAUGACCCAUUGGUGCCUGCUGGUGGGAUGGUUACCCUUGGACAGACGAGUUACUCUGCUCGCUCAGACGAUAAGCCGUUCUGGUCACUCCCGCUUGCCUACCUCAAAUACUACGGAGAUCCUGUUACGACAUCCAGGAUCUUUGGAGACCAUGCGUCACGGCUCUCCAUCUCAGAGUUCAAUUAUGUUGUCUUUGGCUCUAUUCUUUCCAAUUGGGGAGUUUACGGCAAAAACAUUUCCAUGGCGGCAGAAUUCCUUAUUGUUCUAGACGAAUUUCUAUUGCGGAACGGUUGCUAUGAUCUCAAGGGACACGAAAGCUGGACAAGAAUGCUUUCGAAGACCGCUCAGAAAUACUUGUCAGCUUCUGAAAAUGAGAAAAAGUCAAUCCAAAGCCUCGUCAUGCGCGGUCACCGGCGGUAUAAGGAUUUUCUAUGCAGCUUGAGCGGUCAAUGGCUCCCAUUAUGGGGCUUGGCCCAUGCCGACACUUUGAUUAGCCUUUCAAAAGAUAGAGAUACUGCGGUUGCCAUAUUGAGGCUUUUAGCACAAAAUAUAGGCUGCACUGAUCCCAGCUCUCUUCUCAUUCGUUAUGCUUGCCCAAAGAAAGAUAACCAGGGUACUACUCGCGCCAGACGCAAAUGGGAAUAUGCUUCGGCAAUAAAAAGCACUGAAAUGAGCAAAAAGAGGAAGCUUGACCCGUUGAUGGAUUUGUCUGGGCAUAUCAGGUGGGCGAAUGUAGCUUCUUGGCCUAAGCAUUCACACGGGGAAGAAUAUCAAGACGUCAAUGAUGUUAUCACGACGUAUAUCCAUGAUUCAGAGUUCACGUGGCAAUCGAAACUAGGGAGACUUCCUCUUAACUAUCUUCCUCUUCAUUCUCCAAGCUUUGAUCCGAAGGAAAUCGGAGAAAUAAAUACUGGCUUUGAUCCAGAGGGAAUCAUGAAAGCAUUUACAGACUUUGAUACAGAGGGAAUUAUAUACGAAACAAAGCUUUCAGAGGAAAUCAGAUAUGAAUGUCUCAUUGGGGAUCCUACAGACGCCGCACUAUUCAAGCAAGCUGACAGGAACAUUUCUAGUUCCAGAAUGCUCGAUAUAGAGCUGGUUCUCAACAUACUCCGUUGUGGUUGGCUUGAUCGAAACAAGGUAGUGGAGUUUCUGGACUUUUCUGGCGAAUUUCAGCAAUCUAAGGUUCCCCAGAAUGUACAGUCUUUGAGAGCACUGGCGGCCGCUAUCAAUGUAUACGAGCUGAUGCCAGGAGCCACAAUCAGUACCGGUGUCUUCUCUUUGCCACUAGAGGAGGCACUCUGGUUGCCAUCUGAACCUGGCGAGACGCCCUCAGUGAUUAAACCAGAGAUUGAACUCAAAGAAAUGGGCUCCCCGUUUCAUGGGAGUUUUGUGAGCCCCAAUGAAUGGGAUACACGCACUAUAGACCUCAUGAAUCCAUUUUCCAACACAAGCUGGGGCUCUCAACGAGACGAAGUCAAAUCACCAGAAAGGCCCCCGGAGCCGCGUGACUGCAAAAUUAGAACAGUGGAGCUUAGUAGAGCUCAGGUCUUCUCUUGCAUUGCCAUGUUUGAGACUCGCAAUAUCAAUUUGGACCCCCGUAGUUUGGAGCGAGUGAUGGCGAUUUCCACUGGGAACUCAUUAUACGUGGCAAUGCCACUAAUAACCGAUCCGUUUGACUGUCCCGGCCCAAGUGAGGUAAAACAUGUGGUCGGCAACAUCGGAAGACCAGGCAUCAGCCUUAUGAUACCCCCUGUUGUUCCAAUGGUUCGGAAGGUGGACGAAUCUCAGUGGGUUAUGAUCAAUCAUACCGACUUCGACGGCUACCUCAGUGAUGCCUUUCAGCAUACAUCACUGCACCUUUCAUUCACACGUUACGAGUUACCCGUAAUGUCUGAACAUGGCUAUCAAGGGGCUGAAGCGAGCUUUAUUGAGACGAUCGUUUCUAUAUUUGACCGUAAGGAAUGGGUGGCGGAUUUGGACGUUCUCUCUGCUCUUAAUCAUCCCAUUCUAGAGCGAGUGGGCGCUCAUGAUAUCACCUGCAUUCACAAAUGUCCAUUGAAGCAGCCUACAUCCUGUUUAACAUCUAUAGACUCAUGGCAUGAGUUUCUAGAUCAACCAGAAAAUCCCUGUGUCAUUCGAUCUACCCAGAAUUGGAUUGGGCGAUUAUCAACAGCUGCGCUGAGCGUACAGCAAGGAGCAAGGACGGUUAUUCUUAAGAAUGCUGAUCAGGUGUGUUGGGAGUGUCUUCUACAACGAUAUCGGAUGGACUCGUCAUCCGAUGACAGGAGACUUGCAUUCAUUUCAUAA